AAACGGAAACGGGCGGGUUCACGAAAGAGAGAAAAGCGGCGAGAGGCGAUGCUUGGACGAAAAAAAAGAAUCAAUUAACUUCACAAAAAAUACUUAGGAACUGUUUCUGGUGCUUUCUUCAUCGACGGAAGGCCCACAACAAUGUCUGCCCAAGCUCAAAUGAGAGCUUUGCUCGACCAGCUGAUGGGAACAGCGAGGGAUGGUUCAGUGUAUCUUUGCCAGCCUACAACAAUCUGCAAAGGAGUUGCAGAAAAGCCUCAUGUUCAUCGAGCCCGGGUUUAAAAUUCUGCAGCUGAGGUCUUGAAGAUGCAGAAGGGUACAGUAUGUGGUGCGGAUCGCAGCGAUGAGACGCGGCAGAUGGUCAAGUUCAGCGACGACCGAGUCUGCAAAAGUCAUCUACUGAACUGCUGUCCACAUGACAUCCUGUCUGGAACUCGUAUGGACCUGGGAGAGUGCACGAAGAUCCAUGACCUGGCACUUCGGGCAGAUUAUGAAAUUGCUUCCAAGGAUAGAGAUAUGUUCUUUGAGCUAGACGCGGUGGAUCACCUGGAGUCGUUCAUUGCCGACUGUGACCGGAGGACAGAACUAGCCAAGAAGCGCCUGGCUGAGACCCAAGAGGAGAUCAGUGCUGAGGUGGCAGCAAAGGCAGAGAAGGUCCAUGAGCUGAAUGAGGAAAUAGGGAAGCUACUGGCCAAGGCCGAGCAGCUCGGAGCCGAGGGGAACGUGGACGAGGCUCAGAAAGUCCUGCAGGAAGUGGAGAAGGUCCGAACUAAGAAGAAGGAUGCAGAGGAAGAGUACAGAAACUCCAUGCCAGCCUCCAGCUUCCAGCAGCAGAAGCUCCGGGUGUGCGAAGUGUGCUCCGCUUACUUGGGUCUCCAUGACAACGAUCGUCGUUUGGCCGACCAUUUUGGUGGGAAGCUUCAUCUGGGCUUCAUCCAGAUCAGAGAGAAACUGGACCAACUAAAGAAAACCGUGGUCGAGAAGCAGGAGACAAGGAACCAGGAGCGCCUGAAGAGACGAGAAGAGAGAGAGAAAGAGGAGAAGAUGAAGAAGACGACCAGAUCACGCAGCAGAGAGCCGAAAAGAUCCCGUUCUCGUGACCGCAAAAAGAAGCGCUCACGCUCCACGUCACGAGAGAAGCGGCGCUCACGCUCCCGCUCCAGAGAGAGGAGGAGGCGGCACCGCAGCCGCUCCACCUCCCGCAGCCGAGGACACCGCCACAGCCACGAGCAGAGCUCCAGACACAAGUCGUCCCGGGACCGAGAGCGCUCCUCCAGAGAGCGGUCACGGGAGCGGGAGAAGAGGGAGGGGGUGAAGAGGGAGGGGGAGAAGAGGGAGGGAGAGAAGAGGGAGGGGGUGAAGAGGGAGGGGGAGAACGGGCGGUCGGACUCCCGCCGGGGGGAGGACCGGGACACGGGGGACCUCUGAAGACCAAACUCCAUCCAUCACGACUCACCGCGUCCUCCUGUCUCCCUCACUGUCCGUCCAUUUCUAAAAAAGAAUAACCUAAUGUCACGCAGUCCCGCCUCCAUCCCUCUGUUCUCCUCCUUUCUUUCUUUCCACAGUACCAGAAGUAUAACAGUUUUCCAGAUCGAUCACAAGCAUUUGGAUUGGUGGGGAUUUAGAUAUUGAUCAGUAGUGGAGUGUAUUGUGAUGCCUACAUCUGUGAUUUGGUUGCUGUCUGUAUCUGAUAAAUACCCUGCAUUGAACACAUAAACACACGGCCUGCCGGACUGAAGCUUAGAGUAACUGAUCCUUUUAUUAUUACCGUUUGAUACAAUCUGAAUAUCUUAUUUCUCAUUCUUUUGUAGGCCUUCAUUUUUCAUCUCCCUUUUUAAAGAUUUAGUUCCACAAGCACCCAGAAAACUGUUGUUGAGUGCAGUUCAUGAAUGUUUUCUUAGUUUAAGCCCUGUUAACGUUUUAGGGAAUUCAGACCCAAAUGGUUUUUAAGUUGCGAGUUUUAAGUACCAUCCUUAUGUUUCCUCAUGUCCCCUUUUUAUGUUUAAACUUCACUAAGUUUUAUUUGACGCUGCCGGUAGUGAAGGGGGAGUUUUUGUUUUGAAGAGUAAAUGCUUGUUUGGAUUUGUUUUGGUGGCAUGUCUCUUUGUUUUCUCAUUUCUCCCCCUCUUGAUUGUCUUGUAUUUAAAACCCACACAGUUGUUGUUGUUGUUGACGUGAGAAGCAGCAGCUCCAGAAAUGAAUUGGAAGGUCGAUGCUAUAUCUGUACAUACAUUUUUAUUAGCGUUUCAUUUUGGCCCAGUUUCAACAAGUUCCUCUGAAUAGAUUUAUAAUUGCAAACAGAUUUUAACGGAUGCAUUGCUUUACCUUCUGUGUGAAGUCAUAUCUGUUUAUGUUCUGCUGGAAAUCUUUCUUUAAAAUCUCCAUUAAAACAAAUAUUGCCA